GGGGCGGAUGGUGCGGCCCGGCCAGCGCGUCCCGUUGCCGGGUGAGGCGGUGCCGCCAUGGCCGCGGCGGGAGCGGGGCCGGAGCCGGGCAGGCUGCCUGGAGAUUUUAUCUCUCGUUAAGGCUUUUAAGAUCCCUGCCCCGUGAAACCACCUGUGCCAUAAAAGGUGUGUGAGAUGCAUGAGCAAACAUCAUUCCUUGGCAGAGAACCUCAGUCCUGAAGUUUAUUGUCACUGCUUUGUGAGAUUCAAGAAGACCUUCGCAAACUUAAAAUGGAAAAAAACAACUUGAAAGGAAAUGUAGAAGCUGUGGAUAUUUGUGACCUCAGAACAACAACUGAAGGAACUGAACUUGGGCUGAGAAAACAUGCUGAAAGCUAUUUAAAUGUUAUAAAUGGCCAGGAGUUAACUCUUUCUUCAGCUGGUAAUAAAGAAGUAAAUUUAAAAGAGCCCCCUAAGUGGGGUCUUCCUUUUGGUGCCUGUCAGAAGCAGCUGGUUUUGCCACGAGUUGAGCCUGUGGCUGUCCAGAGAUGCAGCAGAUCAGCCCCACGUGUGUCCCAGGGCUCUCAGCAGCAGGUGGAAAUGGAUGUUAAAAUCAUGCUUGAGCCAGAGAACAUUGAUAAUAAAGCUGGUUUAAAACAUCCCAACAUUGAGACCAGGCUGCCACUUAUAACUAAGAAAAAAUCUGCUCCUAUGUGCAGUCAGAAGACAGGGAAAGGUCACAAAGUUACCAGCCCUUGGGCUUUGCCUGCCUUUCACUCCCUGAAUUCUGCCUUACCCCUGGUAGAAGAGGACACCCCAAAAGCUGGAAUUGUUCAGGAAUGUCAUCUUCUUGUAGGACCUCUGAGCCUCACUGGCCAAAGGCUCAUCCUUCCAGCAGGAAAGAGAACUCUGCCAGUCCCUCCUGUUGUAUCCAGAGCAGCACCUUUCCCUGAAUUUCCCAGGCAGCGCAAGAAAUCAGCUGCAGGAGAGAUCAGUAGCAGGCUGGACCCUGAGAACACAGACAGCAUCACCUUCCCAAAGCCAAAGGAAGCAAUUUAUGGCACAUAUUCCUCUGGUAAAGGUAACAUUGCACCACUUCCAUCCAGCAAUUCCAUGGUUUCAACAAGGAAAUCAAAGCCAGAGUGGACAUACCCAACUCAGCAGUUGGAAGCUGAGGUGCACAUUCCCUCUCAGACACAGCCCCCACAAACAGCUCAGCCCUUCCAGGAUCCCUACUUGGACUGGAACAUUGCUGUCUGCCAUGGCACUGUGGACCAGAAAGCUCCAGGUUUUCUGGCACUCCAACAGCACUAUCAUUCCUCUUGGGGGAGCAUUGUGGGGUUUUUGGAACACACAGAAAAGCUCCUCAAGGACCACGCCGUACCCUUGGCUACCAUCAACGGCCAAAAGUUGGCACAAAUCGCCUCGGACUUUGAUUUUAAUGAGAAUCCCACCAAAAGUGACAUUUUGUCAGUGAUAAAGAAUCAGUCAGCUGUGGAAAAGAUCUUAAACCGACCUGGCCAGAGAUGCAGAGGCCAGGGGGGCACUGCAGCGGCUGCUGCAGACAUCCCACGGCGGUGGCGGUGUCCCGGAGCCGCGCUGGGCUCCGGGCAGCAGCAGUGGGCAGCAGGUGUGCUCGGCGCUUCCUGGCGCUCCUGGAAUCACCGGGCACGUGUGAGAAACGCCCUGAGGGAAGCACGCCACAGACACCUGGAGAAUUUUUACAGCAGGUCCAAGCAUCUGGCAGCCAACUGGAAUCGCAUCAGGACCUCCAGGAGGACUAUUAUCCAUAUCCCAUCAUUAGAGCUGUCCCAAGUCCUGGGGAGUACAAGGUGGGUGAUCCCAGCUCGUUUUCCUCCUUCCUCUUCAGGAUAUUCCCAACGCAUCCGUGAGCACAUCCCUGAUCUUGCUGUCCAGCAGAACCUGCAGAUGGGAAGGCUGUGUGACAUCCUGGAUGCCAACGUGGACGUCAUCUACAUCUGCCCCCUUGCUCUGAGUGAGGAGUUACUGCAGUAUUACAAUAAACUCCUGGGUCUGCGGGCAGCUGUUAGAUCUGGGAACCCCGAGGACAUGGCUGACCUGCAGGACAGGUUCAAAAUUCUCACCCCUGAAGCUAUAAACAGCUUCCCUGAACAUCACAUGUGCCUGGCCACUGUGCUCAAGUACAGUCCCAGGACAAUCCAAAGGCUCCAGGUUCUGAUCCAGAGCAGGGAUGCCUACGUGGUUGGGGGGGUUCCCCACCAGGAUGAUUUGGCCGUGGCUGACGUGCUCCAGGUGCCACUUUUGGGCUCAGAGCCAGCAGUGGCUCAGCUCUACAGCACCAAGUCUGGCAGCAAGAGAAUCUUUGCCAGUGCUGGAGUGCAAACCCCUCCUGGAGAGUGGGGCAUCCACAGCAGGGAGCAGCUGCUCUGUGCUCUCAGCCAGCUCAUCCUGGACAACAUGGAAGUGCAGCGCUGGCUCUUCAAGGUGGAUGAUGAGCGUGGAGGAAAUGGCACUGCCUACUGUGAUGUUAUUUCCCACCUGGAAUGCUACCACUGGAUCCAGAAGGAAUGGCAGGGACAUGGCCCUGAGGUGUGGAGUAAGAGCCAGGCUCGUGAGCUAGCUUUGGUGAAGAUCUCCCAGGAGCUGCCGGGCCUUUUAGCACAGCACGUACAGCCAGUCAAUGAGAAACGAUUCCCUACAUGGGAAAAAUUCCUCCAAACAUUUCUUAGUCAAGGUGGAGUGAUCGAAGCCUUCCCGUUCUCUGCCAGCAUCACCAACCUGACAGUGGAUCUGCUGAUAGAGCCAACAGGGGAGGUGACAAUGGUGUCAUCUGGAGACCAGCUCCAUGCUGAGGGACCCCUCAGAUCUUCUGGCACCACCAUCCCACAACGUUCCGUGGAUCCAGCAGUUCUUAACUCACUCUGCUCAAAAAUUGGGGAGGUCUGUAAAUCCAAAGGAGUGCUUGGCUACUUCUCCGUUGAUUUUGUGGCUUUCACCCAUCCGCAGACAAGGGAGCAGCAGGUGUGGGCAACAGACCUUGACCUUUGCUACAGUGACCAGCUGGCCCUGACUCAGCUCCUGUUGUACGUGACAGAUGGAAAUCUGGAUUGUGGCUCCAGCCGCCUGCAAGGACCUCUUGGAUCAAAGGAAAGCAGAAGCCAACGGAUUCAGCACGAGGGGACAAAACCUCCUGCCCCAAGCAGCCUGCGGUGUGCCGUGGCCAGCAGCCAGCUGAGGCAUUCCAGCCUCUCAGAGAUCUCCUACAACCUUCUCCUCCACACGUGUAAAGCUCGUGGGGUUGGAUUUGACCUCCAGGAAAAACAGGGAACAGUGUUUGUAUUGUAUGAAGACCAGAAGCGACACAGACUGGGAAUGAUAACAAUCGGAGAGGAUCUCCAGGGGGUCCUCCUGACCUUUGCUCGCAAUCUCUUCAUCAUCCAUCAAGAAAUAUCAGCACCUAAUAUGCAAGGCGAGACCAAUUUUAAGAUGGCAAUUCGAGAUAUUGAAGCAAUUCUAGGAGUUGCAGCAGAAAACAAACUGAAAUUGGAAGAAGAGCAACCUUGGGAAACAGAUGCUCUGAAAGAAUAGUUAACAGAAAUUGUUUAAGUGCCUCAUUCCUUAUGCUUCUGGAAAUGCUUCCUCAUCUGUAAGAACAGGUUUGGUUUUCCUUCCGAGUUGGUGUGUGAAGUAACAUUAACUGAGACAGAACA